UAAAUCCUCUGAGCAGACCUUGAAUUGAAAGAUGUUAUUUUAUUUUAUUUUAUUUUAAUUUUUGCAAACGGUUACAGUACAAUUAAAUAGAUGAAAGAAACAAAUUAUUAUCUUGUUGUUUCUGUCGCUAUGGCAACCCGGAUCGAAGCUGCUGAUGCCGUUUCUAGCCCGGAUAUGGAAACUACGUAAUGAAUGACUCAUGAUAACGUUUGUGGUAAAAACAAAAACAAAAACAGAAGAAGAAGAAGAUAAAGAAGAUAAAGAAGAUAAAGAAGAUAACGAUAUCAGCGUAUUGUGCUUUCGUCCUCUCAAGGUGAACAUGGUCAAGUUCCGAAAUGUAAAGACGUAUAUCAACAUACAACGGAUUCCCCUUAGAGGACGGUCAAGAACAUACAGAAGCUAUCUGCAACGAGAAGAUAUGAGACCAGCUUCAGUAUCAUUGUCCACAAAUCCACCAGAUGCACCACCCUGCCUUGUGUCACCUUGUGUUGACCAUUGUUUGGCUAGCAGCAGUCAAGAGGGUAAUGCCACUGUGGAGGCAUGGCAACGUGUGCGGGAAGUUCUUCUCCGUGUGAGUGCAGAGCUGCUUUGCCCUCCACAAGAGGCAUCCUGCACAGUUUGCAGCAGUUCGCUCACUGAAAGUGAGCUGUGGCGAUGCAUGGAUUGUGGAAGUGAGGCCUACUUCUGCGCCACUUGUGUCCAGAAAGUUCACCAGACCACUGCUGUGGUGCAUGUUCUAGAAAGAUGGGAGGCAGGUGAAUUUCAACAGAGCAUUCCUGACGGCUUCUGUUGGAAUUGGUCACGGAAGGAUCAUGAUUGUGAAAUGUCAUAUCAUCGUGUACUGAAAGUAUUCGACUGUCAAGGAAGGUGCCAUGAUGUUUCCAUCCAGUUCUGUUCAUGUGAAACAGAGGUUGCAACACUGCUUCGUUACAGCCUUUGGCCCGCCACUGUAAAGAGGCCCCAAAGCGCUGUUUCAACUAAGCUGAUGGACAUUAUCUGCAGGUUGCAGUUAGAGUGUGGUGUGUCGCUGAAGGCCAUAUGCACAGCCAUUCAGCAGUCAUCUUUGUCUUCCGAGUGCCAGGACCUUUACCGCCAUCUGGUAAAAGAAUCCUACGAAGAAUAUCGGCAUCUGCGAUACCAGAUGACUACACUGCGCCAUCUUGGGGCUGAUGUCACUGAUGGCGCACAGUGUCCCAUUUGUCCACAAGAAGAUGGAGUUCUGGUUCUGGCUGCAGAUGGGCUGUUUGGCCUACCAAGAAAGAAGUCUUCUGGGAGAAGUUUUGAGGGACCGAAGCACAAUAAUCGCUUUUUCUCGCCACAAGAUGAUGUUGAUGCCUUUGUAAAAGAACAGCAACAUACACCUGAGGAGGGUUGUGCCAACUUUCAAGCUGGCAGUGCGCUCAGGUCAAAAUUAAAAAAUGCCAAAUUGGAUGAAACCGGAGUGUUUGGCAUGGCCUGUAAGCACGAACAUCCACGGAGAUUUCUUAGUCUUAAGAGAGGCGAGAGCCUUUCGAAUGCAGUCUACCUGAUGAAGGAGCUGCAAGAAGAUCUGGGGGGAAAUAAAAAACUUGUCUUCAUGUAUGACAUAGGAUGCAAGUUGAAGCCUCAUUUGGAGAAGUUUUUCCCGAAUCUUCUGGACAACACCACAAUCGCUGUCCCUGCAUUCCAUGCUUAUGGACAUGGUGUUGCUUGUCAGAUUUCCCACGCAUGUAGGAAUGUUGAGGGUGCCGGUCUUUGUGAUGGGGAGCAAUUGGAGAGGUUAUGGUCAUUCCUACGUCGCUUCGGAAAAGUGACAAAGGAAAUGACCCCAUCCCACCGAAUUGACCUGCUGACCGAUGCACUGCUACACUACAGUGAAAAAAUAAGAAAAAACCAAGCCAAAGCCCUGUGUUCCAAAGCUGAGAAAACCAAUUCAGUUGAAGAGGAAGCAAAGACAGAAAUUGCUGAAAUCAUGAAACAAACAGGCCUCACCGAGCUGGAUGUACAGCGUUGGGCAGAACAUUAUAAGUCGGAGGCAAAGAAAACGAUUGAUUGGACGUGGGAGGAGGACUAUGUUCAGAAACUACUGGAACACCAGCAUCUGGAAGUCUUGAACCGCAUGGCCACCUCUGAUCCUGAGCUCAGAGCACGUUUGGAAAAGUCAGAGAGGCAGCUUCAGACAAUUGAGAGGAAACGUCAUGUUGGGGGAAGAUGGACUUUAAACACUGAAGCAUCUAGACACCUCCUAAGUGCCAUAGAUGACAAGAAACGGCAGCACGCACUGCAGGCAAUGUACAGGCUGGUCUUGGAGCGCAGGUUCCUAUGCGGCCUGGUGAGAAAAUAUGCUGAUGGACAGAAGAUAGCCAUCAGAUUGUCUAAAAAGAUCAAUGUGGUUGGCCAGAAGAUCAAGAACAAGGUCAAAGAGUACAACUCCACAGGAACAUCUAGCGCCUUGGUGUACCAUGAAGUCAUCCAGAUUGACAACCCCAUCUGGUCAACCAUGGUCCACUCCGAAAAAGAUGCGGACAUAUCCGUCAAACAGAGACUUUUUGUUUUGUUGAACACCGCCGAAAGGGCAUCAGAAGAGAGAGAGUACUUGUCGGAGGAAUGCAUGGCAGGCAAGCUGUUCUAUGAGAAGCAGCUUGUAGAGGUUGAGAAAUGCCUCUUACCAGACAGUUUGCCGUCGGUGUCCUCUAGAGAGGACAAAGGAGCCCGUGCUGCAUUGCUUGCCAAGAAAAGAGAGUUUUUGUUCCUUCACUCAAAAUAUGUCAAUCUUGUCAAUCUUCUCAGAAGUACAGAUGUCAUUGAUGAGGUGAACAGCGCUGACUCUGACAUUAGUACGGACGAAGAGGAGGAUUAUGAUGAAGAGGAGGACCAAGCAGUGCAUCAUUCCUUGCCUGAGUGAAAGACUGCUCAUAAUUUCUCUCUCUCUCUCUCUCUCUCUCUCUCUCUCUCUCUCUCUCUCUCAAACUCAAUUGUUCAGUUAUUCCUGACACUUCAGUCCAAUAGUGUCUGCAGACGGCGUGGAGAGGCUAAGGGCCAAUCCCAAUUCUCCUUCACUCGCCCUUCUUUUCUCCACUCGCACUUCUUUUCUUCCCUAACCCCUAAAAAAGAAGGGGGAGAUUUUAGGGCACUUGAGAUCUAGGGCACUUGGCCCAGGUGCCUGUCCCAUUUCUCCUACUCCCCCUCGUUUUCAUCCCUAACCUGAUCAGGAAGCAGAGAGCCAAAAGCUGUUUUAAUUUCAGCUGUAGCGCUGUUAAUAUGGCACUUUAUUAAGUUCUAAUAUUUUUUCAGGCAUAAAGGUAACCUUAAGAUCCGCAACCUGGGCUCAGUUUAUCCAAAUAACGCCUGUUAAGAAAUUUGACCCGAUGUUUUCGGAGAUGAGAAGAGCCGCCGCCCCCGGGGAGCAGCCUCAGCUCACAGCCCGAGAAGAGACGUGUCCGCCGGGUCAAGCUGCUGCGUCAGCCCCGGGAGAGAAACUCUCUCUGGGACGCUGCUCUGUUGAGAAUUACGCUGGCUGAAAUAAAUCAUUUAGGAAGAUGUUGGUUUAAUAGAUGAAAUCUAACAGUUGUAGCUACGCCUGUUAAGAAAUUUGCUUCGAAAUUUAGAGAUUUCUGUCUGCCGGCUCCGGAGUUUGGGUCCGUGUUUAAUCGACGCAGAGCCUACGGCGUAGGGUACGGCG